UCCCACCCCAACCCAUCAAAACCAAGCAAGCAAACUCUCUACUUAAUUAAUCAUGGCUUUCUUCUCCAUGAUCAAGGUCCUUCUCCUUUGCACUACUUCCCUCUCACUCCUUCUCACUACCCCUGCCUCAGGCAAGGGCUCCAACUACUUGCUCGGUGGUGAGAGCCUAAUGGCAGGAGAAGCCCUCGUAGAUGGUGAUGACAAGUUUAUUAUGCAACAAGAUUGCAACCUCGUCCUCUACAACUCUGGAGUAAAGAAAUGGUCUUCAGACACCGGAGGUGUUGCUUUUGGUUGCUAUGUCACCUUAAUGGAGCACGGUAACCUCAUGAUCUUUAACUUUAAAGGUAUUGUCUGGAACAGAGGACCUAAUGGACCAGUGGGAAAAUAUAUCCUCAUACUACAAAGGGACCAUAAUGUUUUUGUAUACGGUCCAAGCUUUUGGUCUCCUAUGAAGACUUAUGAAUCCAAUGAUGUUGUUAUCACCGCUGCAUUUAAUGGGACAACAGGAGUUUCAGUCGAAGAGCAAAAUAACGUGAAGGAAAUGGUGAAAAUUAUGGAGGUUAUUGGAGAUGAAUAGUCUUGGUUUUAUAUUUAUGCAUAUUAAUAAAUAAUGAAUAAUGAAUAAGACAAGCAUGCAUAUGAAUGCUGGAUGAAUGUGUCUCAAGCAUGUUUUUAAUUUCCUUGCUUGGUGUGUGUUCUCGUCAUUGGAAUAAAAUGGAAGUUUGUCCAUGUCUUGAAAGCUUU